UGGGGUGGAUGAGAAGGGGGCCAGCGGCUGCUUCAGGGUGGGUGGCGACAAUUUAGCCUCGGCUGGGCUGCUAAACCGGGAACUGUCCCUCUUUGAAAAGACAGGACCCCUCAACUCCUUUCGUUGCUUUUCUUAAGGAGAGCACACCAGACUCCAUGGAAGCUGGACCUGGGACGCUUUGUGGGAACUUGGAGUCUCUUCGGUCGGCUUCCUUUUCAAGUUGCUGCCUUGUUGGGGUGACUGAGGAGGCCUCCCAGCCAUGGCACUGACCAGCGCCCCCACUGCUGACUUGGCCUUUGGGCUUUUGCUGCCUCUGUUGGCAUCUUGCUUUUUUCCACCUCUAGCCCGGUGGUGAGUCUAGGGGCUCAACCUGAAGGUGCCUGGAGAACAUCAGGUACCCCUACGCCCAAGCUGGAGGACGGAGGAGUUGUCAGGAGCGAGGAUGAGAUGAGCGGGGGCCGCUUUGACUUUGAUGAUGGCGGGGCGUAUUGUGGGGGCUGGGAAGGGGGAAAGGCACACGGGCACGGACUGUGCACCGGCCCCAAGGGCCAGGGUGAAUACUCGGGCUCCUGGAAUUUUGGCUUUGAAGUGGCAGGCGUCUAUACCUGGCCCAGUGGGAAUACCUUUGAGGGAUAUUGGAGCCAGGGCAAACGACAUGGGCUUGGCAUAGAGACCAAGGGGCGCUGGCUCUACAAGGGGGAGUGGACGCAUGGCUUUAAGGGGCGCUACGGAAUCCGGCAGAGCACAAACAGUGGUGCCAAGUACGAGGGCACUUGGAAUAACGGCCUACAGGACGGCUAUGGCACGGAGACCUACGCAGACGGAGGAACCUAUCAAGGCCAAUUCACCAACGGCAUGCGCCAUGGCUACGGUGUGCGCCAAAGCGUGCCCUACGGGAUGGCAGUGGUGGUGCGUUCUCCGCUGCGCACUUCUCUGUCCUCGCUGCGCAGCGAGCACAGCAAUGGAACGGUGGCUCCGGACUCACCGGCGGCAGAUGGGCCCAUGCUGCCUUCGCCCCCAGUGCCGCGCGGUGGUUUCGCGCUCACUCUGCUGGCCACAGCAGAGGCCGCGCGACCCCAAGGGCUGUUCACGCGUGGCACACUGCUGGGUCGGCUGCGACGCUCAGAAUCACGCACAUCACUGGGCAGCCAGCGGAGCCGCUUGAGCUUUCUCAAGAGCGAGCUGAGUUCCGGAGCCAGCGAUGCCGCAUCCACUGGCAGCCUGGCCGAGGGCGCUGAGGGCCCCGACGACGCGGCUGCGCCCUUCGAUGCCGACAUCGACGCCACCACCACGGAAACCUACAUGGGCGAGUGGAAGAACGACAAGCGCUCGGGCUUCGGCGUGAGCGAGCGUUCCAGCGGCCUGCGCUACGAGGGCGAGUGGCUGGACAACCUGCGCCACGGCUACGGCCGCACCACGCUGCCCGACGGCCACCGCGAGGAGGGCAAGUACCGCCACAAUGUGCUGGUCAAGGGCACCAAGCGCCGCGUGCUGCCGCUCAAGAGCAGCAAGGUCCGCCAGAAGGUGGAGCACGGGGUGGAGGGCGCCCAGCGCGCAGCAGCCAUCGCGCGCCAGAAGGCCGAGAUUGCCGCCUCCAGGACAAGCCAUGCCAAAGCCAAGGCAGAGGCAGCAGAACAGGCUGCCCUGGCUGCCAACCAGGAGUCCAACAUCGCCCGUACAUUGGCCAAGGAGCUGGCUCCAGACUUCUACCAGCCAGGUCCGGAGUAUCAGAAGCGUCGGCUGCUCCAGGAGAUCCUGGAGAACUCUGAGAGCUUGCUGGAGCCCCCAGAGCGGGGUCUGGGCACCGGCCUCCCGGAGCGGCCCCGGGAAAGCCCGCAGCUGCAUGAGCGCGAGACCCCGCAGCCCGAGGGCGGACCCCCGUCUCCGGCCGGGACGCCCCCGCAACCCAAGAGGCCCCGGCCCGGAGCGUCAAAGGACGGCCUGCUGAGUCCAGGCUCCUGGAACGGGGAGCCCGGCGGAGAGGGCAGCCGGCCCGCCACGCCGUCGGAUGGCGCCGGUCGUCGCAGCCCCGCGCGCCCCGCCUCGGAGCACAUGGCCAUCGAGGCGCUGCAGCCGCCGCCCGCGCCCUCGCAGGAGCCCGAGGUAGCAAUGUACCGCGGCUACCAUAGCUACGCCGUGCGCACCGGGCCACCCGAGCCUCCGCCCUUGGAGGAUGAGCAGGAGCCCGAGCCGGAGCCCGAGCCCGAGGUCCGGCGAUCCGACUCGGCGCCCCCGUCCCCCGUCUCCGCCACCGUCCCGGAGGAGGAGCCCCCUGCGCCGCGAAGCCCGGUGCCUGCCAAGCAAGCCACUCUGGAGCCCAAGCCCAUCGUCCCCAAAGCAGAGCCCAAGGCCAAGGCGCGCAAGACAGAGGCCCGAGGACUGAGCAAGGCCGGUGCCAAGAAGAAGGGCCGUAAGGAAGUGGCGCAGGCGAAGGAGGCCGAGGUGGAGGUGGAGGAGGUACCCAACACCGUCCUCAUCUGUAUGGUGAUCUUGCUGAACAUCGGCCUGGCUAUCCUAUUUGUUCACCUCCUGACUUGACCCUCAUCUACCAGUGCCAGGAGUUCCACUGAGGAUGGCAGGACCUGUCUUUCUGCAGUGCCAAGCAGGUGUCCCAGGAAGAUGGGACUUCGGACCUAAAACCUUGCUCACAUCCACUCCAUGGACAUUUAAGGAGGCCUCCAGAGAGCCCAUGCUGGGUGCCGGAGUGCCAGAGGAAGAGAAUGUACCCCCGAGGUACAAAGGAUGCCCUGAGGGAAUAGCCCUGGUCCCCUGAGCCCCGUUUGCUCCUGCACCUGUUCUCAGCCCUGUCCCACCUCACCCUGCCACCCUUCCCUGGGCUUUUGUGUGUUUUGAGAGAUAUCAGGAAAGCAAGAUAUUAAUACAGAUCUCUCCCUCUUCCCCCUACCCCGCCCCCAAUCUAGUCCUCCGGCUGAUGGCUUGAGGCCACCCAGGAGGAUGAGAGGUUCACAAGUCCCUUGGGUAGUGCAGUCAACCCCAGCCCAUGCUGUUCAGGGUUCUUAGAGUUCUGGAGGGCAGCAUAGGAAACAAAGAAGCCCAGCUGAAUAUACCAGCAUGCAAUGUUCCGCAUCCUCCAACUAGUCCAGUUGGUAUCCCCUAGGACCAGUGGGGGAGGGGUGCGGGGGGGGAGGGGAACCUGAGCAUCUGAGCCUUUGGCUGAGAAGCCACCUACAGGGGUCUGGGGUGGGGUGCUAAGAAGGCGAGGCAUGUUGGUGAUGGCCCCUGAUUUUGAGUGUGUCUGAGCCUGAGGCUGGAGUUCAUUUAGGGUCAUGGAUGUUCCCUGGGCAUUGUGUAGGAGCUCUGGGCCCGAGAGCUACAGCUACUGUGAUAUCCUAAGAAUUGACUCAUCCCUGUCCCCCAUCGAAGCCAUGGUGGGAUCGGGGGAGCAUGGCACGGAAGUCUGAGGAAGUCAAGAGCUGAAUCCCUGGUGCAUACUCUCUGGCAGAGGCUGGAGACACGCGUUAUGCAGGGGAGCAAACCUGGGCUCUAGCUGGGUGCAGCCCAUGCAGCAAUGAUUCGUGCUUGGCAGAAGGUUUACCCGCAUGCACCUCACUUAAAGAAGUUUGCACCACACUGCGUGUCUGGGCCCUCGGGCUUGCUGGGUGUAGCAUGGCAGCCCAGGACUAGUGGGUCCCCAUUCCCAGGAGGAUGGAAGAAAAGAGUUUCCAGGCCCCUCCAAGUUUAGGAAAGAGGAGGUGAUGGCAUCCAAGCUGAGCUGGAGGAAGCUGCUGAUCCUCUUUGACUUCACGUCUCUGGACCUCUCGGGCUUGGGCAUGGAAGCCAGGCACCCUCCCAGGGGAGCCUUGAACUGGAUAUUGGGGUUCAGCUUCCUUUUCUUCUAAAUCCAUGGGCACCCUCUCCUCUAGAGUCACACUGGCUGCUCUCAGCACUGCCGGGGCUUGGUGGCUUGGUUGGAAUCGCUUUUUUUACUGAGAGGAGCCUGCGGAUGUUCCUGUACCUGCCGGUGUAGGCAGGACUUUGCCUCUGGUUGGGUUUUCCUGGAUUCCAGGGAAUGAGGGGGUGGGCGGAGGUUCCUCGGGAGUGACAGGCCCUAGGCCUUGGUUCUGAGGUCAUUGCUCUACUCUGGGUGCAGUCCAGCCCCGAGGACGAGCCUGUGACUGUCAGAGCUAUCAGAGCUGUUUGGGGGUGGGGGGAUGGGUUCAGGAUGCCAAGUCUGUGCCAAAAUAAAUCCGCAUCUGCUCACAGGUUCAACUGCA